AUGUCGUCCUCGCUACCGGGCAAUCGCGAACUGCCCGUGUCGCAGUACGACUUGAGCACCUACCUGGGCCGGGUGCGCCAUGCAAUUGGCUUGACGGAUCCCAGCACCCUCUUUGCUGGACAUGCUGGGCUCGAGAGGGCGAAGCAGCUCGUCACCGACUACAAGACGGGCAAGACGCUGCACAUGACGCCCGAGCUUUGGCAGGCCAAGAAGGUUGUCGACUCGACGCUUCACCCAGACACGGGCGAGCCCGUCUUCCUGCCCUUUCGCAUGUCAUGCUUCGUCAUCACCAACCUCAUUGUCACGGCCGGCAUGCUCCAGCCCGGGCUGCAGACCGGAGGCACCAUUGCAUGGCAAGUGGCCAAUCAGUCGGUCAACGUGGCCGUCAACAGCGCCAACGCAAACAAGUCGUCGCCCAUGACAACGGCCAUGCUGGCCAAGUCGUACGUCGUCGCCGUCACGGCCUCGUGCUCCGUCGCCCUCGGCCUGAACCAACUGGUCCCGCGGCUGCGCGUCUCGGACGGCGCCCGCAACAUCCUCAAGCGCCUCGUGCCCUUUGCCGCCGUCGCCUCGGCCGGCGCCCUCAACGCCUACCUCAUGCGCCGCGGCGAGAUUGAGGCGGGUAUCGACGUGCGGCCCGUGCUGUCCGACGAGGAGAAGCGCAGGCUGCAGGCUGAGGGCAAGUCGGAGCGGGACGUGCCGUCGCUGGGCAAGAGCCGCAAGGCGGCCAAGCUGGCCGUGUACGAAACGGCCGCCAGCCGUGUCUUCAACAGCAGCCCCGUCAUGGUUAUUCCGCCCAUGCUCCUCUACUACAUGCAGCACAAGCAGGCCUGGUACCGGAACCUGAUGGACCGGGAAUGGGUCAGGGCCAGGCCGCGGGUGGCGACGACGAUACCCAUCGGCAUCAACCUUGGGCUGAUUGCGGCGACGGCCUUUGCGGUGCUGCCCCUGGCGCUCGCCGUCUUCCCGCAGCAGCAGCAGAUUUCGGCCGACAGCCUCGAGGACGAGUUUCACGGCCAGGGCGGCUCCAAUGGCAAAGUCUGGUUCAACCGCGGUCUUUAA